UGAAGAACAGUCAGCACUGAGGGAAGGUCUGACGUCGCUGCGAGCGGAGAGAGAGAGAGGGACAGAGAGGAAGUGGGAAGAUCUGUCUCUAGGAUGUGAAUUUCCCAUGGUUGGUCAUUUGUUCCUCUGUUUGUGGUUCUCAUCCUUGACUGUGGCAGCGAAGAUGGCAUUUGAAGAGAAAUACACUAUUGUAAACAAGACCAAUCAGUUCAUACAGCUGAACUGUGAAGCCUCCCCUGAUCAGCUGCGGACUGGCAUCCACUGGCGGCUUGAUGGCGUGCCACUCAGCAAGAAUGCCCAUUCAAACAUGCUCGACUUGGAAGUGACAGACCGGCCAGAUGCAGGCAACUAUAGCUGUCAUGCCAACAGCACUGCAGCGUUACUAAAACACUACUACCUACUAAUAGAUGUGGAGAGACAGGCUGAUAAAAUACUCGAAGAAACAAAUGGAAAAUGCAUCACAUGCCAAGCGGAGAGAUUUGGUGAGACCUUCACCUGCUUCUGGAAAGAGAGAGAAAAAGCCAAUUUCUCAGCAAGCUUCCACCGUGAUGGUUGGAAGGGAGACUCCAAGAGCUGUGUCUUGACACCAUGCAAGACCUCAGAUUGCACUGUCCAAGCAACCUGCACAGACCAGACCUUCUCCCCAUAUGGUGAAGAACUGAGGCAAAUCACUUUCACUGUGGAGGCAGCUACAAGCAAACGAUACAAAAAGUACACCGAACACUUUUACAUCAGAGAUAUUUUAAAACCCACUGGUCCGAAGGAACCAACAAUCCUUGUGAGGAGAGAUAAAUUACAAGUCAGCUGGCAGUACCCAGAUUCCUGGAACACUCCCCACUCUUACUUCCCUCUGCUGGCCCAGGUCAGUGUCGAGCUGACCUGCAGAAAGAACAAACAUAAGAGCCACAUCUGGAACAAGGACGCAUCAGCUGAGCCACUGAUUCCAUGCAGCUCUAUCCCUGAGAUUCAUCAUCGGACAAAACGCUAUCAGAACAUUAGCUGCUCCACCGAAAAUUCCAGUGUGGUGUUUUCAGUCACCAAGAAGCAGUCUCACAAGAUAGGCAGGAUAUGUGUCCGUGUGAAGGAGUUGUUCUUCAAUUCCACUUGGAGUGAGCCCAGCUGCAAAAGUUGCCAAGCAACAAAACAUUCAGGAAGAUAUUGAGGCUGUGGAAGUCUGGGUGCAUUUCUGUUUGACAUGCUACAGUGAGACCCUACACUACCCUCAAGCACAGUCUUUAAAUAAGCUAAAGGUCUGUCAAAAGCUGUCUUGUUGAAAUGAAUUAUAGCCGAGUCAAUAUUCUUUAUUUAACUUUUUUAUUAUUUACUUUCUAAUUUAUUCAGAGCUAAUUUAAUAAUUUAAGACAUUUUUCUCCUGUUACACUGUUGUGAGUGGAGCAGAGUUGCUCCAAUUAG